GCAGAGCUGGCAGUCGCAUCGCUAGUGUGGGAGAGGAGGGAGUGUGGGUAGAGUGAGGAGAGAAUCCAGCGAGUGUGGGAGGCAGCUUUGGUGUUGCAAGAAAGCUUCAGGAGAGGACAGUCAGACUCGGAUCUUGCAAAGGUACCGGUCGGCCCGCGCGGCUGGCCCCACAGCUCCAUGUGGCGGUGUCGUCACCGCCGCUACUACUUGACCCUCCUGGCCGUCUCCCUAGCCUGGGUCGUCUUCAUUGCCGCCAUCGUCCGGUUCGCGCACAUACGUGAAGCCCGGCUACGAACGGGGCGCGGCGCGGCGCGUCUCAAUGUGGCGAUCAGGACGCGGCAGGGCGUGCUGCCCAUCAGGAUAGCCGAGGUGGAGACCCUGAAGGCCAGCCCGCUGGAAAAAUGGAGCCACGAGCAGAGGAAGCUGCUCAACAUGACGUUCCGGCCGUGGCUGUCGACCCGCUCCGACUGUUCCCGGCUCAGCACCGGGUUCGGCCGCCACCUGCCCACCGUGGCACUGGUCAGCCUCCCCAGCAGCGGUAACACGUGGAUGAGGUUCCUCAUCGAGGGAGGGUCCGGCGUGUUCACCGGCAGCCUCUACAGCGACCUGACCAUCGUCAAAGCAGGAAUGUACGGCGAGCUGGUCCCCCACGACUCCGGCACCACGAUCGCUCAGAAAACGCACGGCUUCACCACUCUGGAGGGAGUCACAGCCAGUCCCAGCGAGCAGCGGCGGCGGUUUGCGCACGUACAAGAGCUGGGGUGUCGGGCGAUCCUGCUGGUUCGGGACCCGGCGGCUGCUAUAGUCAGUCAUAGGCACCUGGAUGCGGCGGGGCAUCUGGGUUUCGCGCCGCAGAGCCACUUCGAGGGAGAGGGCUGGGAUAAGUUUGUGGACCAGAAGGCAGAGUUCUGGUACAGUCUGUACGCCGCCUGGAUAGAUCAGUGUCCUCCCGAACAGCUGCUGGUCGUGCAGUAUGAGAAGCUGAAGAGCCAGCUGAACACAGAGCUGGAGAGGGUGCUGCGCUUCCUCGGGGUCCAGCCCGACCCAGAGAGGAUGAAAUGUAUCGAGAGGUACCCUCGCGGUAACAUGCAGCGGCGGACUCGCGCCAACAGCACAGGACCGCAGUCACCCUUGUCUGACAGACACAGACAGCGAAUCAAACGCAGCGUGCUCGCCCUUCACCGGCUGGUCAGCGAGCACCAACUCGGCGACGGCAUCGCAGACUACUUGUGACGUCAGAGUGACGUCAUAGGACUGAACGGCGCAGGUCUGGUCUAGGGAGAAGGAAGCAGCCCGGACUAAUGUGACGUCACUUCCCGGGUGGUGCGCUUUCCUUUGAGUCAUGCGAUAAGAGAGAGGACGGUCUUCGAUAUUCAAUUCAUUGCGUGAUUAGUCUGAUUGGAACUAAGUGGCAGGGUUCAGGACAUACGAGCACAUCAAAGUCAUGAACUGGGAGGGAACGAGAAGGGCGAGGUUGGUUAGUGAAGCUAUGGAUGGUAUCUGACAUCAGCUGUGACUUUUCACAUAUGAUAGCGGUGAGAAAAGAUGUUCUUUGUGCUAUCUGAGCAGAGAUUAGACGUUUCGUGUGCUAUUGCUAUCAGCUGAGAAGAGUUUCGCGGUUAGGUCGUGGUACCAAUGGUUUACUGUCUUACGAUGUUUUUACGCUUACGUGCUCAUUGGAGAAGCCUACCUAAAUAUUUAUUGGGCGAUGGUCGGUAAUGAUCAAUGAGUAAUGACAACAGGCGGCCCGUGGAUAAGGUCAUGCUCUUUCAAACUGCGCCAUAGAAACAUUUUUUUUUUCUAAGAUAGUCCGUUACCCAUGAUCAGGUAACCAGGAGUGCCCCCUCCCACAGUCCCACAGUCCCACAGUCCCACAGUCCAACAUGAGGCGUUUGUUUGACAGAAUUCUGCUCAAAGCGCUGGUAUGCCGAGCAGGGCUGCGGAGUCGGAGUUGGAGUCGGAGUUGGAGUCGGUCGGAGUCGACAGUUCUGCCCGGAGUCGGAGUCGGAGUCGGAGUCGCUAAAAUCUUACCGACUCCGACUCCGGAGUCAGAGUAAACGCUGUAUGGCUCAACGUCAUGCACUGCACCUGUUUGAUUAUCGAUACUGUACUCGAAAUUAGAUCAGGGUUUGGUGUUUGUAUAUUUGUUCAUGAACUGUUCGUGAACAAUGUUUGUUUGUUUGUUUAUUUGAUAGUUUACGAAUUUUGGCAUUCAAGGUCACAUGUUCACCAACGAUUCUCUGUUCACGAACAGUUCGUGAACGUUCAUGAACGUUCAUGAACAAGUCAUCAUUUCUUAUAUCUUUGGAGCAACUGUUAUCAUACGGUGCCGACAUGACUGCAGACAUGUUUUACAUGUGACAAAAUGCACCAGUCAUAUAUCAAGCACAUGGAAUCAUGAUUCAUAAUUAUUCUUCCAACGCUGGGGCUUAAAUUGUGCAUUUAAGACCUUGCAUGACGUCAUGUAAGACGCCACUAAGGUUGUUUGGUGCAGUAGGAGCUUUUCGCUAAUAACUUCCGAUCAAAUUGAGCUAGCGAGUCGGUUGAGCCAUCAAUCGACUCAGAAAGAACUGCCACAUCGAAUGAUAUGCAGCAUAACAUCCUCCAUGCUGCUUUGUGACCCGAGUGGCUUUGACCUGACCUUGACCUGAGGUCAACAUACUAAAAAGAUCUAAUCCAAACAAAAAGCAUAUCAUUCGUCGCACCUGGCCACGACGAGCACGAUGGUGCCACAAUCGCGGCUCUGCCACCAUUUGUGGUGAAGUUAUGUACCAAAAACCAAACCCCUACUUUAUGGCACUUGACCUGACCUCAGCGGUCACCGGUUGGUGUAAGACCUUGAAAUCGGAUACCAGUCGCUGUGGUUCGUAAAGACGCACACGCUUGCUUUUUCCGCAAGGUUCUAUCUCAAUUGGGAGCGAAAUGGCUAGGGAGAGGUCUUCUCUACCCCCUCUUUACCGUGUUCGCGAACAGUUCAUGAACGUUCGCGAACUGUUCGUUGUUUGUUUACCAAAAUUUGACCGAUGACGUCACUUGUUCGCGAACACAUUUGUUCGUGAACAGUUUGUUUAUGUUUGUUUAUUUGAAAAAUUAAACAAACACCAAACCCUGAAUUAGAUUUUGUCGAAAAUAGGUCAUUUUUCUGUUUUGGACAAACGUUUUCAGCGAAAGAAGCAGAAGACGGUGAAUGCCCCAGAGCCUGCUUUUUAAAUCUGCAUGUUAUUUUUUAUGCAUAUUUGCAACGCAGAGUCUUUGGAACGCACAUGGGAUCGUUUCAGGCAAGAUCAAAAUAUCUCCAUUAUGAAUUUCAAUAUCAUGUAUGGGUAUUCAUGGAACCGUCCGGAGUCGGAGUCGGAGUUGGAGUCGGAGUCGGAGUCGAUUUUUGAAGCCGGAGUCGGAGUCGGAGUCGGAGUCACCCUAAAAUCCAUCGACUCCGCAGCCCUGAUGCCGAGGCCCUGAAACGAUUACAGUCACCCUUGCAUCGUGUCUGGCAAAUUCAACAAGCAUAAUCACUGCCUUAACAUAUAAGGAUGUCGAACGCUCAUAAUAUUUAUCUCCUGUACUGAGCAUCUUGAGACGAACGGUGAGAUUGAAAGCCUAGAUAAACCCAUUACGAUAAACAUUCAGCCAGAAAUAGCGAGCAAUUUAUGUAAUGCAAGCUGUUGACUCCUGCGUUUUUCACCGAGUAGGCGCUUCAAGGUUCUUUCAGUAUUACCCCACUAAGGAACCAUACAAUCCAGUGUGCCAAAUUCUACCAGACGCGAAGGGCGAAUCCUCGGGCACUCGUGUGUCAAUAUUCGUUCCUUUUACAUUGUAACCCCUGACCGUCAUAUUUUCGCGUUAUGUUAUGUGAGCUGGUGUUUUUUCCUGAUAUCGAGGCUACUCCGUUCCACUGUGCAUGGCCGUGCUAUCUUGUUUGCAAUCCCUCUCGUGCAAUGUUUUAGCCACCGAUCUGAUGCUCCCAUCCACUGUGCGUCGCUAUCAUUGCUCCAUUGACGUCACAAAUGCGCGAGUCUAAGCUCCAUAGCCGUCCGACGGCAGUGCUGUGACGUCACCGAUAGGCCAAAUAAUCACAUCUAAGGCGAGAGAUGACAUUUAGGAAAGGAUGAACUCUUGCGAGGAAUGUUGAUAUUGCAGGGUGAUCUGCGACAUUGAGAUGGCCUGUGCAAUUGGUCGUUUUUAUAAACACCUUUUAACGUGGAUAUGGCAUGAACCUGUUUGGAAAACUGUCUCUUUCCAUCGUGAUUUGUGAUGCUAACUGACGUGCCUUACAAUGGCUGGAUGCUUGUGAUAAUACAUGUUAUUUUGUAACGAU